UAUUGCUGCCCUGUGCUGCAGAUCUGACCAUCUCAGGAAUAACUGGCAUUCUAACAAAUGAUGGAGGAAAUUUAUAUGAAUGCUGAAUAUGACAAAUUUGACAAUGCAAAAAACUGCACGGGUCCAAGGAAGUAUAAGAGGAGUUUCCAUUCAGGUGUGAUUCUCUGUUUGGGCCUGCUGAGUUUUUUCCUGCUAAUUGGACUCAUCACCCUUGGUGUUUACUUUCGUGAUUCAGCUGCAGAUGUCUCAGCCAAGAGUAGUAAACUUUCUUCCAUGACCGAGGAGAGAGACCUUCUUAAGGCAAAUCUGUCCACUACCGGAAACAAACUUUCUUCCAUGACCGAGGAGAGAGACCUUCUUAAGGAAAAUCUGUCCACUACCAGAAACAAACUUACCUCCAUGACUGAGGAGAGAGACCUUCUUAAGGAAACUCUGUCCACUACCAGAAACAAACUUACCUCCAUGACUGAGGAGAGAGACCUUCUGCAGGCCAACCUCGCUGAAAAGACAAAUGAGUUGGAACGGCUUCAAGAAAAAACGUGUCUCACAGGAUGGACCAUAUUCAGUGGUAGUUGUUAUUUCCCCUCUGUAAGGUCUGGUAUCUGGGGUGAAGCUAGACAGGACUGUAGAGACAAAGGGGCAGAUCUGGUGGUGAUAAAGAACUCUGAAGAACAGAACUUUCUCGCUACAAUCACUUGGAUUGGUUUGACUGACCAUGGAACGGAAGGACAGUGGAAAUGGGUAGAUGGAACUCCACUGACUCUGGCGAACUGGGCAAAAAAUGAACCCAACAAUGGAGGCUCACGGCAUGGUGAAGAAGACUGUGUGCAUAUAAGAGCUGCAGACCAGAGGACUUGGAAUGAUAUUUCAUGUACAGCUGCUAUGAAAUGGAUCUGUAAAAAAAUACCAUAACACCAUUUUACAUCGAGACCAUAUAUUUUUACAUGCUUUGAAAUUUUAGCUAUGAUUGUUAUUCUAUUCUGCAUUUCAUUUUAAUGAUGAAUUCUGUUCUCACUGUGUAUAAAUAAGUGCAAAUUUUAAAACCUGCAAUAUUACAUUAAUGGAAAAAAGGGCCAAUGUUUGUAUUUCUUGUUACAACAUUUAAUCAGCAGCCAGUUUUUAAUUCAGAGAAUCAAACACGUUUAUAAGAAAACAAACAAAGAUUGUAGUUUCUUAAGUGCUGGGGGAAAAAGCCUGCAGACUACUUCAGUUCCUUCAGUUUACUUCACUGGUGUCUGUCAAAAAGGCAACAGUUUCAACAGAAAAUAUAAAAGAGUAUGAGAGAAUAUAUUUUAAAAUACUGUUGACGCUGUUUUGCUUUUAAACUGAAAAUCUUUAAAUCUGAUGUUGUUUAUUUUUGUUGUUGUUUAUUUUUGGUAUAACAUUGUCCACAAUCUAGCGCCUCUUGAACAGUUUGAAAUGACAAGAGCUUCCACUAGAGGGUGCUGUUGUGUUAAAUGUUAGUGAACACCAUUUGGAAGAAUGUUUUUUUUUACUUUUCAUAUGGGGAACAUCAUUCUCAAGUCUCUACUGUCAAAAAAGUUAAGGCUUUUCACAUGACAUAACACAGACUCACUUGUGCAAGAGAUGAUAAAAUAAUCAAAUCCAUCUCAAUCACAUGUCAGGAUAUAAAGUGAGUCAGCAGUCAAUUUGACUCUGUGUUUAAAGAAUUAAAACCCUUUCACCAUCGUUUUAAGACUUAGACACAAAUGCUUUUAUAGUUUAACCAAAACACUACUGACUGGUAAGCGUACUGCAAAACAUGUAGGUCUAAUGUAGAGCAAAAAAAAAAAAAAAAAUCAAACACAAAAA